AUGCAGCAGCUCGUUCAUAAUUUAUAUGAAUAUCAUGUAUCUCUAGAGUUUAUGUUAAACUUUAUAUAUAUAUUUGAUAUUGAGAAAUACGAAAGACUUGAAAAUCGGUAUUAGACAUUUGUAAAAGUUAGUGCCAAAUGUGGAUUUAAAAGCGUCUAAAAGCUUAAUAAUUUUGUACUUAAAUCACAGGAAAACUUAUGUCUAGUAGACAGGGGCUGUAGAGACAUAUUAUGACGGUGAAGACGGCAAGUGUAUGAAUGCAAAACAAACUUUUUCCGUCGUUUAUACGGAACUAUAUUGUACAUGCAUGUACAACUGAUGAUAUACGGAACAUAUAACUAACGUACCAACAUUAACUGGUGUAACUGUUACUUAUGAGAAGUCUCCAAGUACAAGUGUAACAAAAAUAGCGUAACAUCCGUCAAACUAACUACAAAAACUAUCAAUAUGUGGUCGAGUACCGGUUCUAAAUUGUCUGGCAUUACCGGAAGUUCGGAAACAACAUUGAACCUGCCAAACCGUACAGGUUUAACCAUACAGGGCCUCUAUGAAGACAACUAUGACAAUAAUAACGAGUCUGAAUACGACUUUAGCUACGGGGAUAUAUAUAUGUAUCCUGGUUAUACAUUUGAAAAACCAUUUUAUUUGUAUGUUUGGGAAUUCUUGGUCAUAUUUACAUUCCUCGUCAACAUCGUUGUGAUAUCAGUUCUGCUACGCAGAAAGAUGCGCAAUACAACAAAUAUAAUUCUUGCUGCCAUUGCAAUUUCAGACUCGCUUACCGGACUGGUGACUCUGCCGUCCUAUAUCAUGGUCUACUUGAAGUAUGUUCCACCAUAUGGUGACUACGAUUACAGCAGUGAACAAUCUACUCCGAGUCAAUAUGAAAGUGGAGGAUAUAACUCCUUUUAUGAUGGUUCCCAGCCUAACCAAGAGCAGGAACCGGUAGGCGGAAGUGAACUAACGCAAGAUCUCUGCAAUGGUUUCAUGAUUUCAAAAUACUUUCUGUCAAAAUCAUUUCAUUCAAUGUCGAUAUUUCUCACUUUAUUUCUUGUAAUUCAGCGAUAUAUAUCUGUAACAUACCCAUAUCGGUCACAACUUCUGUUGAAUUUGCCAAGAACCGUAAUUUGCUGUGUGGCUAUUGUACUUACUUCCCCAAUUUUACAUGUGUAUCACCUUUUCGGAGAAAAAGCGGCAGGGGGCCUCUGCCAAUGGGAACUGAAGGAGGAAGGCUGCGGGGGCGGAUGUAUCUAUCUAUGGAUGGCAUUUUUCAUUCGGCAUUUGAUACCAUGUGUUACGCUAGUGGUGUUUACUAUACUUUUUAUCCUUCGUCUACGUUUAGGUGAGAGAAAUCUGCGCAGAAUGGAUAGCAGCAAAUCACAAAUUUCAAGACGGAAGGAAGAAAAUAGACGUAUUUCUAUCAUUGUUAUCGCGGUGAUUGUAGUUUUUCUUGUACCGGAAAUACCGUAUGGAAUAUUUCUUUUGUACAAUGCUAUACACAAGGCAGCUAAUCAAGGCAAAGACAUCAAUUUGGAAACAAACAGAGCUAUCCAAUUAGUUUAUGAACUUCUUUUGGUUCUGUCCUUCCAUGCCAACUUCUAUAUCUACACCUUUUUCAACAGAAGGUUCAGGAGGACAUUGCGCAGGACCUAUCUAAAACCUUUCCUUGGAGACAAAGGUAGAUUGUCGGUGUCUACAACCUCCUCGAUUUCACGAAAUACUUCAAACAAAAAGGCAAAUACUGGAAAUGCUGCAAAGCACACUGAAAUGGAAUCCAUGAUUCAAAACACACAACCGAGCCAGUCAGACAUAAAAACUAACUCAGUUGCCUCAAGCCUAGUUGGAAAAGAUCAAAAGGUUUUUGAAGGUGACCGAAUCAUGGAUAUUUGACACGUGUUAAAGAAACGAGCACUCAGUAAUUUUGUUUUUCUGCUGUGUAAAGUAAAUAGAAUGUCUGCAAAAAAUAUCUUGUUCUGUAUGGUUAUUGAUGCAAAAUGGCCUUAAAAUGUUAUAAAUGUUUUGUUUUAGUGUCAUUUGAUGUACAAACUGACUUGCUCUAUUUAACCCUAUAUAGUGAUGAUCAAUGCUAAUGUACUGUCUACUCUAUGAAAAAUUUGCAUCUUAUGUCAAACCAAUUUACAUUAAAUAUACAUGUACAUAAUAAAUGCGAGGAGGAUUGUGUAUUCUUUCA